AUGAUGUCUCGUGUGUUUUGUUUUCUCGCUUUGCUGUUGAGUGUUGUCUCUUUGUGUGUGACAGCUGAGGCGGGUUCUGAUCCUGCUGCUGGUGGUCCUUGUACUGAACCUCCUAAUGAUGAAACUUGUCCUCCUCCAGGUCAAACACCUCCUUUACCUGGUGCUCAUCCUCCUGAUUCUGAUGUUGGUCCUCGUGGCGAUGAAGCUUGUCCUGAAGGCGGGACUGGUCCACAGUGCAAGAAUAACACUAAUGGACCUGACAAUGCUCCUUCUGGUGAUUGUACAAAAGUUACAGGGAAAGACAAUUGCGUAACCAUUGUUGAUAACACUGAAGGCAAUUGUCGUGAUGGAUCUGGUCCUUCUUGUCCUACAACCAGACGAACGGAACAGGCGUCUCAACUUGAACCCGGUUCUACUUGUCCUGCUGCUGAUGGUGCUACUGACGCUCCUUGUCCUUCUGUUGCUAGUAGUUCAUCUGGUGAGGGUACUCAUAUUCAUCCUCAAACUAAGCCCUCCGUGCAAACACUUGCACCAGCUGAAACAGCAACACCUGCCAGAAGUAAUGCUCAAGAAGGCCCACUACCUCCUUCCGGUGAAGCUGCUGCUGACGCUUCUGAUUCUCCCGGUAAAGGAGCUGGAGCUGGUGGUGCCGGUUCUGACGCUGCUGCCUCUGAGGGGAGUGAUGGUGCUGCUCCUGCAGGAGAGCCGCAAUCUGGAGAGAGUGGAAGAAAUGAAAAUGGAGCAGCGAAUACAUCUUCCCCUCCCAAUUCAGACACUGAGGGUAGCAGUGGUUCUAGUGCCGCAACAGUUGAGCACGAACUUACAUCUGCAGAGGGUGAAACAACGGGCACCCAAGAAGGAAAUGUGGGAAAUACAGAAACAUCCACCACCACCACCACAACUACAACAACACUUCCUCCUGAACUCACAAACAGCAAAAAGGGUGAUGGAGACAGCAGCAGCAGUAUCAGCAGUUCUGUGUGGGUGCGUGUACCACUACUGAUUGUGGUUACACUGGCCUGUAUUCUUGUGUGCUGA